AUGGCCAAGGUGCCGGGCCAUCAGCACUUGCUGGUUUCCAAGUACACUCCUGCAGCAAUUUACCAUCAGGGUGACCCGGAUCCUGGAGAAGAAAGUUUUGCGCGCGGCGCAGAGGAAGCGCGCCCCGCGCUCUCCCGGGGUCUCGGGGCGGCGGGCCGGAGCGCAGAGCCGGGAGGGCUCUCCAGACCCCAGACGCGCGCCGGCUCCCACCUGCCCGCCGGCCUCCCGUCUGGGAUUCUCGGGGCCGAGCCGAACUGGGCCGCGCUGUCCAGCCUGGCCAGGCAGUGGACCCUGGAGGACAAAGAGGAACAGGAGAGGGAGCGACGGCGGCGACACCGGAGCCUGAGCUCCACCGCAGACGACGAGGUGGCCCAGCCGGCCCAGCCGGCCCAGGACGGAGACGCGGCGGCCCCAGAGAGACUGCCGAGCGUGGAGGAAAUGGAGGUCUCCCCCCGACCACCCCUAGACUCCAGCGGUGAGGACGUGCAGGCCGUCCUCAGGGCACGGCAGGAGCGGAGGCAGAGGCAGCGGGAGGCGGAGGUCGCACAGGCCCCCGUCCAGGAGCAGCUGGACGCAGAGGAGGAGGACAGCGCGGGCACUGGGCAGGCCGGGCAGCUGCCCUCGGCGCGCGAGAAGGAGCUGGGGCUGCUGUCUCGCCGGAGACUGAGCCGGGAGCAGCGGAGCUCCUGGGUCCGGGGGGAGGAAAGCCUGGUGGGCAGGGAGCCGGCAUGCAGCAGGAAGGGGGGCUCAGAGAAGCCCUCUGCCCCAGAGAAGACAUUAGCGCCCGAAAAGAGCCUGGACUCCAAGGAAGUCUCCACCUCCGGGAAGACCGCCAGCCCUGAGAAAGUGUCUGUGUCCCAGAAGAUCGCAGUGUUGGAGAAAAGAACCAUCUCGGGAAAGACGUUGGUUCUGGAAAAAACAAGUGUCUUCGAGAAGCUGCCGUCCCCAGGGAAGACGUCGGACUCAGAAGAGAGACGGACGUCUGAGAAAGCAGCAGUCUUUGAGAAGACCCCGGCCCCCGAGACGCGGCUGGCCCCAGCGAGGGCGGUGGCCCCAGGGCAGCCCCGGGCCCAGGAGCAGCCAGCCUCUGCACAGAGCCCGUCCACCCCCAAGGGGCAGGAGAGGGCCGGCCCCAAGCAGGAGCCCCCGUCCUCGGCGGGGCUGCGGGGGCAGGGGGCAGAGCGUCCGGCUGGGACUUGCCACCUCCCACCCAUCACUCUCCAGAUGAAAAUCCCCAGCAAGGAGGACGAGGCGGACACACCCUCGCCCACCCAGGCCACCUACAGCAGCUCCCUGAAGCGCUCCAGCCCCAGGACCAUCUCCUUUCGGAUGAGUCCCCGGAGAGACCACUCAGAGGCAGCCUUAACCCGCAGCAGCAGCAUGAGGAUCCCGGCCAGCUCCUUCACUCUGGGCCAGAAGCUGGAGAGAUACCACACAGCUGUACAGAGAUCAGAGUCAGUCAGGUCUCCGGGCCCCUCCCGCGCUGAGUUCUUGGUGGCUCCCGUGGACGUCGCCAGCAAGCGCCACCUCUUUGAGAAGGAGCUGGUGGGUCAGGGCCGGGAAGGACCAGCCUCCAGCCGGAAGGAGAACUUGCGGCUCUCGGGGGUUGUGACAUCAAGGCUCAACCUGUGGAUCAGCAAGACGCAGGAGUCAGGAGAUGGGGACCCGCAGGAGGUGCAGAAAGAGUCGGCAGCCGCCAGGAGGAUCCAGUGGAGGAAGAAAGCAGACUCCACCCUGGAUGCCGAGGUGAGAGCUGCGGGGGUGGCCGCCCUGCGGAGACGCCACACGCCCAGCGCCACGCGCACACCGACUGGCCUGUGUUUGCACAGCCCCCUUCUCAGGCUGGGUUGUCCCAACCUGGGGAACGCUGGCUGCACCCUCCGCUGGCUUCGCUUCCCCACAGCUGUGCAAGCCCCUACCCCCCUCAACCAGCAGAUCUGGGGCCUCUGGCCCAGUCGGAUCCUGGGCCCCAGCGCCGGGCUGGGCACAGCACGACUCUCGUCCACACCUCAGGCCUCGGCGUCCUGUCCAGAGACGGCUCUUCCUGCUGGUCCCUUCCAGGGCUGGAAGCGUCGCACUGUCUUCCUGGGCCCCGUCCCCUGCUUUGUUCUCCCUCACAUCCCCACCCGCUGCUCUGGCCAAGCCAUCGUGUGCUCCCCUCCCCCUGUUCUCAGGAAAGAGGGCACAGGAUGCCCUCGGGGCCCUGUCCAUGACCCCGGGCUGGCCCGCCUCCCGCUGGUGGGCUUCCUGUGGCCGGCCCUGUGCCUGCCCGGAGCCGGGGGGGCAGCAAGACCUGGAGGGCCUGCCUGGGACGCCUGCACCCGCUACCGACUGGAGUUCCAGGACGAAGCCGGGGGCGGGGCAAACACUGCCCGGAGACGUGGGCCGUGCCAGCGUGGAGACCCGAGAGCGGGCCGAGGGGCUCCUCCUGGUCCUGGGGAUCUGGGUGUCCGGUAG